AUGAAAGAAGAGCAGCUGCUUGUGAACCGUGAAGACGAAUCGUUGGGGUAUGCAAGCUCCGCACCGCAACUAGUGCAAAACCCUGUUGUGGCCUGGGCAGUUAGAGGUCUCGGCUUGUUGCUCUUUUUCGUAGUGGUUCUAGGGGUCCAAGGAAGCCCUUUGCAGGCUCCACGCGUGACCCGCCUAGCGACCGAGGCAACCACGUGGGUAGAGAUGCUACCAACUGACGUUGUCAGUCAUAUGGAUAGAAAUGUGGACCCGUGUGACGACUUGUACACGUUUAGUUGCGGCUCAUGGCUGAAAAAUAUGAAGAUUCCGGAAGACGAGUCGAGUGUGUCCUUGAUCAUGGAUAAGUUAAAUGAUGAGAAUGAAAAGGUGUUGAAGCACGUGAUGCAUCAAGGUUGGCCGCUCGUGGGCGAGUUGUACGACUCGUGUAUGAGCUUUAACAACACGAGCAGUACGACGGCGGAUGACGCGUCAUUAAAGGUCCUGUCGCCGGUAUUGGAUCAGAUUGCUGCGACAAAGAAUAAGAGGAAGCUGUUUCGAUUGGCAGGAGUCUUGUUCAAAACAGGAACAAGCUUUGUGACAAGACUUGGUGUCCAAGCGGAUGCUCGAAAAUCGACCGUGAACGCGUUGUAUGCAUCGCAAAAUGGACUGUCACUGCCAGAUUUACCGUAUUAUAUGGACCGAAAGAAGUUUGACUCCAUCAGUGACGCAUUCCAUGCGUACGUGGUGAAGUUGUUUAUGUUAGCUGGAUGGGGGUCGCGUGCAGCAGCGUCGCAAGCUUCUACAAAUCGCAUGAGCGUGGCCCAAGCUGCUGAUAGAUAUCCGUUGGUUUUCUCCGAGUUUUUAAAGGGCACAGGGAUACUUAGGAACCUCACAGAUCAGAACGCUGACGUGAUCGUGCAAACGCCAGAAUUUUUUAAGCAUGUUGAACAGCUCGUGACUGGAGAUUCUGUGACUUUGGAAACCCUGAAAGCUGUACUGAUGUACCAGUUUAUCAGCGCCAAGGCAGAAUACCUCAGCGAGCCAUUCAUUCAGGCGAAAUUCCCUUUUUUUGAUCGGACUAUCAGCGGUCAGAAGAAGCGUUCCCCGCGAUGGAAGGUGUGCCUUGACCUUGUUAGCAACAACUUUCCUGAUUUAGUGGGCAAGCAUUUUGCGCACCUUCGGUUCGACAAAACUAGUAGGCAACUUGCCAGCAAACUUGUGGCGCAAGUUCAAGCGUCGAUGCAGAAGAACCUCAAGCAGAUGGAUUGGCUGGACGGGCCUACUCGGCAAGCCGCUGUUGAUAAGCUAGACAAGAUGACUAAUCUUACUGGGUAUUCGACUGUCUCCGAGCACUUUCCGUACAAACUACGUGGCGACGCACUACUUGCAGACAAUAUGCGGAUCAUCGUGGAGCAUCUGUUUUAUCGAUCUGUAGAACAGAUCGGUGGUCCAGUGAACCGCAACGAAUGGAUAGUGACGGGUGCUGAAACGAGCGCGUAUUAUGACCCGCAAACGAACCAGAUCGUACUCCCUGCUGGCAUCCUACAGUCGCCAUUUUUCGCUUCGGAACAUCACCCUGCACGCAACUUUGCUUCUACUGGUCAUACCAUCGGUCACGAACUCAUUCAUGGCUUUGAUGCCUCCGGAAGAUAUUACGAUGGUGACGGCAGCUUGCAGAACUGGUGGAGCAACGACACAGCAAACAAGUUUUUACAGCGGGCUGAUUGUCUCGUGAAGCAAUACAAUAGUUUUGCAGCGACGAGUGAUGCAGACAGGAUAAGGUGCUUGGUUACGUCGACGGGAGCUUCACCUUAA